AUGCUCUGGUUCCCAUGUUUCAAACCAAGUAAAAGCAGAGCUCCGAAGGGCCUUACCGGCUUUUGCCACCAUUUGCAGACUGCUCCACUCAAAUUCUCCACCAAGAUCUUCAAUAUUCUUACACCAGCUUUCUGCACCGUAGUGCAUUUUCUCCGGGUGGAAGACACCUGUCUUCCACCCGGAGAAAAUGAUGACGCCAUGAUGAUGUUGUACUACCCAGUACAACAUCAUCAUGGCGUCGAUUUGCUGAAAGCGUCUUCUGUAUAG